CCAAGAUGGCGUACGAGAAAACCCCCUCAGAUCAUAGAAAGAAGUGGGAUUUAGAUGAAUAUGAAAAGCUUGCCAAAGAAAGAUUGGAAGAGGAGUUGGCUAAAGAGCUGGGAACCUCUGAUAAAGAAAUACCAGUCAAGAGAGAGCUCCUUCAACCUCGUGAUUACAAGGUAGAUUUAGAUUCGAAACUAGGAAAAUCUCAGGUUAUAACAAAAACAACUCCAGCGUUCCAACAAGGAGGAUAUUUUUGCAAUGUAUGUGAUUGUGUAGUCAAAGACAGCAUUAAUUUCCUAGACCACAUAAAUGGCAAAAAACAUCAAAGAAAUUUGGGAAUGUCCAUGAAGAUCGAGAGAUCUUCUUUGGAUCAAGUCAAGAAAAGGUUUGAGAUGAAUAAAAAGAAGAAAGAAGAAAAAAGUAAAGAAUAUGAUUUUGAAGAACGAAUGAAAGAACUCAAAGAGGAGGAGGAAAAACAGAAAGCAUACAAGAAAGAAAAAAGGAAAGAAAGAAAAAGAAAAGCUGAUACAGACUUAGAAGAAGGGGAUCAAGAUAUGGCAGCAUUAAUGGGAUUUUCAGGUUUUGGAGGUUCCAAGAAAUAACUGUCAAUAAACUAAUCAACAAUAAAUAAUAUCAAUCCCGAAAACUGUUGAAAGACUUGAUUAAGGUGGACUUAUUGGUGAAGAUCAGAAAGUAACAGUAUUAUUCAGAUGAGUGAAUGGCAAUGUCAACUGCCAGUUGAAUAUAUAAAAUAUCUGUGAUUGGAAUUCAAUUCAAUACAAAUAGGUCAAAUAGUGUCUGAAGAUUUGCGUUAAUGUUAAUCUGGCAGUCUGUGCUGUAGCAUUUCUUAACACUGAACUCAAUGCUACUAUAUGUAAUAUAAAUUAGAACUCUUUUGGUACCAGUACUUCUUUUCGUAUUUUUUUUUUUUUUUGCACAAAAGUGUCUGAAAUGUAACUUCAUAUUGUCCGAGAUAAUUGAAUAUGGUGUAUAUGAAUAUUUUACCUUUUGUGGAAAUUUAUGAUAUUUCUUCUAUGAAGAAUAUUAAUUAUUGCAAAAAAUAUUAUUGUCGCAUUGUUUCUUCUCAUUUGUGGACAUGAGUUAUCAAGGUUCAAGAUUAGUAUACGUAAGAAUUUAGGAACAUUGUACCAAUUGUACCAUUCUGAUAUUAUGUUCGACAUCUGUGACUCCACUAUGUAACACCAUUCAACCCAAAUUGUGUUUUCAAUAGGAUCACAAACAAUCAUAAAAUGGAAUAUUGAACAUAAAAUGGUGAAUUAAAUGGAUUUUGAUUUUUUUUCAGAAAUAGGUAUCAUACUGUGAAAAAUUUGUUAAACUUAGAUCAAAUUUCACUGCUACAUGAACUACAAAAAUGUUUUAAGUAGAAGAGAUUCAUUUAUAAGGUACCCUUUCAAUUUCACAAAAUGUUCAGAACCAUAAAUUGUUUUAUGAAAAUCCUUUUAAUUUUCCUUGAAAUUUUAAAAUGAUAAUCAUUUACAAUUUUAACACCAAUCUUCAAAUAAUAUUUCUUACACAACAAUGACUAGAAUACUUAUCACCAGUAAUUGAAAUAAAACAAAAAAAUAUAAUCGAAAUAAAUGAUUGGUUAUUGGCACAGAAGAAGACAGACUUAUAUUGAGUUCAUUACUACAUAAAAUUAUUAAAAAAAAGACUUAUUUAUGCAUAUUCUGUGACAAAUCUUACAUAAAAAUGAACAUUGUUUGACUAUCAUCUUUAUGACCACUUGAUGAAAAUAAGCUAAUGAAGUGCAUUGUAACUGAAUUUCAGAAGAUCACAAGCAUGUGGUAAUUUCUCUUUCCUGUAAUAGAUUUUGUUUUUGUACUCUUUUUAACAGCUUUAAUUUACCACAUGAUCAAUUAUACAGGUCAACCAUUUAUAUUUUUAUGGUUUAAUUGCCAACAAACAGAUUUUAAUA